AUGUAUCUCGAAGGAAGAGCUAUUUCUUCUGACCCGCCUCCAGUCGAAGCCUUUUACUGUGUAUUCGUCUUCGCUUCCGGUAGGAUGAGUUUCGGGUUUUUCCUUCUCUUUUCGGCUCUCUUUUUGGCUGCAACAUGUGGAAAAAGUAUGUUCAUUCGAUUUUUUAAUACUUUCUCGGGUUUGCAGUCAUUCCAAAUCAUUUGUUCACGAAACUGGAAGGCGAAGCUUGCGGUUGGACGCGCUGGUGCGCGGGAGAUUUAGUAUGCGCCAAAGGGGUAGAUGUUUUGAACAUUCAUCAUUCAUUAAAAUCAAAAAUUGCCUAAUUAAUUAAUAGAAAAAAAAAGUUGCACUGAAUAUGCUCUCAGAAACUUGUUGGUUCCUGGGAGUUUUGAAUUUUUUACUCAUACAUUCUUUCAGGAACCUCUUGAAAGAUACUUCAAAUUGUAAUUUUUUUAUCGAAUUUUUCUCUGUACAGAUUUACCUGCAUUUAUCAAGCAGAUGUCUCAUUUUUUUCAAGCUUUCAGGAGCUCCAUGAAGACGGAUCGGAUCACACCUGUGUGAUGCCCUACUCUCUUGUCGUCGGUAAUUUCCAGAUUCAAAUUUCUAUAUUUUUUUUCUUUGCAGUCGGACCGAAAAAGCCGUACUCCCAACUUUUCGGAGGUCCCUGUUCCUGUGAUCUAUUUUGCACGAAGGACCUCGUCUGCAAGCAAACAAAGGUGAUUUUCACUUUUUAUAUAACUUCAUUUGAAGUUCUAGAGUACAAAGCGGUUUCAUUGCUCCCAUUAAAGUAUCAAACACAAGUCUUCUAGUAAAUGUCGUAAGAUCUAAGAUAGUUUUAGCACGUAAUAUUGUACGAUUUUUGGCUAUCAAAUUGGAAGGUUUCAUUCUUUGUAGCCGAAUUAGGACAGUUUAAAAAAUGAUAGAAAUAUUCAAAAUUUCCAGAAAUGGGGGAAGAGGUGCAUGCCCGAAGAACCACAACCGAACCUCGUUUGCCCGGCGAACCCUCUGAAAGUCGAAAAAACGUGA